UUGAUUUGUUUACAAGGACUGGAAUAGAAGAGUAGAGACUUGGAUAUUGUGUUCUAUAUUAUGUAUAAUGUAGAUGUCUCAACCUUGUCAAAACUGAAAACGAUUCGGAGAUAAUGCUCAAGGCUUAAUUACUACUUUCCGUGUUGAGGUGUUUAUCAGCCAAUCGUACCAGCUAAACUUGCGCCCCUGGAAGUUUUAGGGAGCUUUAAGCUUUAAUUACCGCACAAAGCGAUUCGUUUUAUCGAUCACAUAGUCCUUCCGUGCUUCGAUACACUGGAUAUACGAGACUGUAACUCGAUAAGGAUCAAAAAUGUUCGGCAGAUCCACAAUGUGUGUCAGUAGAUUAAUACAUGCGUGUAAGAGAUUGGAUGGCACGUGUCGUACGAUGGCAAAAGUUGUGAUUGAAAAUUAAGGCGUAUUUUCAAGAACGACAGUCAUGUAUGGGACGUUAGGAUUUGGAUGUUUGGCGGGUAAUACGGCAUGGACGGUGGGAAGCUGGAGGCAUUGCCUCCUGGGUUGGUACACUUGGACACAGUGAGAGCUUUACACCAAACUGUGGUAUCCCUUCGUACUGCAUUGGAAUUGUCUAAAAGUGAACUCAAGGAAUUGAAAGAGAAGUAUAAGGAGCAUUCACGGUGUUUAGAACACACUGAUAUUAUUGAAAAGCUGACUAUAGAAAAUCAUAUUUUGAGAAGAAAAAUUAUUGACACUGAUGGCUAUGAAAGUCCUCAGCAUUUAGAUCUUGAAUCUGCACAUCGCCCUUGCAAGAGUUUUACCAAAGAGAGUUGCAGUGAAGUUUUGAUAAAAACAGCUACAACUGAAUAUGAUACAGAAGAGGACCAAGAAGGUGACCCUGUGGCACCCCAAGGUGAUUUAAUCACUAAUAAGUUGCAGGAGAUUGUUGAAGAACCUUCUGUAGCAUCAAAUCAUUCAGAAGAUUCUGAAGUUCUCAAAGAAGAAUCCCAAUUGAAAUCAGAAGCUGAAUUUGUACAACAUACAGAUAAUUUACCAAAUUUCAAGACUAAGUUAGAACUGUUAUCUAAAUUUGACGUCAAAAUUAAAGUAAGAACUGUAAAAGAGGGAAGUGUGCUUUCCAGUACAACAUCAGACACAGAUUCAACAGUGGAAGAGAAAAAAAAAACUAAAACUAGUACAAAAGAAUUUGAAGAAACCAGAGAAUAUUUUGAGACUAUUAAAAACCCAGCCGGUGAUUCAGUUAAUAUAAAAACUGCUUCUAGUGAAAAUAUCAAAAUGGCGGUGCCUAGUGAAGCUGAGAACAAAACUGAUAAAUUUGAUGUGCAAGUGAAAAUAACAUCAGAGGACAGUGUUGUCGUUAAAGAGAAUAUAGAGAGAGUACGGAAGAGGGAUACUUACAACUUGGAUGUUGAUAAUCUCAGUCUUAGAUCAAUGUCAGAAGGUGACAAUUCAGUGUUCUCCGAAUGUAAUCAAAUGCAGCCGAGCGGUGAAGCAGAUGACAAACAGGAUGAUAAUGCUAGUGGGAAUGAGUCGGAGGAAGUUGACGAUAUAGAACUUAUAUUCACCACUGAUGAGUCGAAAGACAUGAGCAACUUACAGGAGGACCUGGUAUCUAUACAAGAAACAGAUCAUUGGACACCGGGAUCAGGGUCAACCACUCAUUCGACACCCGUACUUAUCAAAUUCCACACGCUUGACCCCGACUUCCAACCUGGACAAAAGCUUAUUCCUAUUAAAAGCCACGAAAACAUUCGUCACCAAAUGAACGACCCGUCGUUGAAAGUAAAACGGGUUUCUUUGCCCAAUGACAAAGAAAUAAAGCACGCUGGUUACAAAGGAAAUCUGGAUCUUCCUGGACGUGGUAUUCUGAAGAGUUUCAAUAAUAAAUCGGACAAUAUGCUGUACAGGAGGAGUCCUAACGCGAGCACUAGGAGGUUAGAUAGUGUGGACAGUCUGACCGGGGAAUAUAAUCGCGGCAUGAGUCUGGAUAAUACGAAGUCUUCUAGUUUCGAGCUCGGAUCGAGCAUGGAUAUACUGCACAGGGAAGCGAGUGUGGACAGCUUUCAUAGAUCCAGCAGAUUUGAUCACAGGUUCUCGGUGUUCGCUGAAACUGAUAUAUCCAAAUGUGGUAUAUCUGAAGAUGAUCUCGUUGCAAAUUUAAAUGCAAGGAGGAAUACGUGUCCCAAUCCUUAUCAGUAUAGGCCGCUACCACCUCGUCUAGGGUCCCGUAGCCAAAAGCCUGUGUCUGGCCGGAUCCGGCCAAUACUACGCGAGAGCUAUGGUUCGCGACGAGAGGGUUCCGCACAAACAGACAUGUCCGCUUUGCCACCGAGGUGGACGUCUGAUGGAUAUCUUGCUUAUAAGAUGUCACCGCCGCCGUCGAGCGCGGCGCCGACGCUGCCGCUCCGCGCGAGCGCCGCGCGCCGACUGGCCGUGCCCGACACGCCGCCCGUGCAGCGCCGGUCGGAUGAGGCGAGGCGCGUGCUGCUCAGCGAUAUUGGUUUCACCUCCAUGGUGCCGGAGUUGUCUCGUUCAGCGGAACCGCUGUGGACUCUGCGGAGGCAGCAGUCCUCACAAGAUAGCAGCAGAUGUUCCCGCGGUUCGUAUCGCUCGCCCAGUGCGAGUGUAGACAGAAGCUCGGAGUGGACUCAAACCGGCUACAUGCAGCCGUCGAGAGAGAGCGUGUGGCGCGGCUCGCUGCCGGACGUGCGGCGCGACGACACGGACGCGCUGCUGCUCGACUCGGAGGCGUUCCUGCGCCGCUCCAUCGACAAUUUGCGCUCUACGUCCCUCGACUUGGAAACGCCAUUAGAUAGAACGGGACAGCCAUACAUCCCGGCUGAAGCGCGCCAAUUGCGUUUGGGGCACGCGGUCAAGCUGAUUACUCCUCAGGGCAGAUUGGCUGUAGGGAGAGUAAGGUAUGUAGGCAUAGCCGGUGGCACAGCAGCGAACAGCGGCAUUGUGGUAGGAGCCGAGUUCUCUAUCACAGAAUAUCCGGGACUUCCCCGGAACGAUGGCACCUACAAAGGUCGGAGGUAUUUCCUCACUCCACCACAAAAUACGGCAGUGUUCGUACCAUUCUCCAAAGUCGUUAUGGCCUGGGCGAACUAAACGUACUUUUCCGGCUCGAAGGACCAUUUUCGAGCCUACUCAGAUUAACUACAAGUUAUAUGAUGUCAAAACUGUUGAUUGGAAAUUAUCUCGCUAAAGGCGACGUGGAUUUGAUUGUCACUAAUCGUGACCUAGUAUUAGUAUUCCCAAAUAUCUAAAUGUAAAUAAUUGUAAUGUUCUAUGUAUAGUAAGUUGUUAAAAAUUGAUGUAUUUAGAGGUUUCUGAAAGGAUUUUUUGCUCACCGUAGUGCAGUAAGGCCUAAGGAUAAUCUUCGUGAUAAGUUAAGGAAUUGAUUAACAUGAAGAAAAUAUUUUAAUAAAAAGUAUUAAUGUAAGUUUUAUACACUAUAUGGAGGCGUUUGGAUAAAAUUAAUGAGUUUCAUUUUUGUAUGUAGUUGAAAAUUGCGUGAAGGGCAAAAUAUCUCCUUUUAAUAAUUACAUUAUUUUCCUAUAUGUUUCAGUUAUUACAUAUUUUUUGUACACUAAAGUAAAAAUUUACAUUAAUUCCACAUUGAUUUACAUACAUACAUACAGGCAAUUUUUUCUAAAGGUACCAAAAACCGCAAUGGAGAUUUUAUAUUUAACUAAACUAUUUUCAAAUAUUCAACUAAUUUGAUUCAUAAAGACAGCACUUUUUUCUGCGGUCACAAUUUCAAGUCAUUGAAAUUCUGUAGAAUUAUGGACAACAAAAAAGGAGCUUUGCUAUCAAUGAACAAAUUCACUAUUUAAAACUUUUUAGCUUCUAAUAUUAUCACAUCUUUUUCUGAUUAUUUCAUACUGGCUGCACCCCGCGGUUUCACCAGCGUAAAUCCGUAUCUCGUAGGAAUAUUGGGAUAAAAAGU